CCAGCGCCAGCUCUGGUCUUCACUCUGCUACUGACCAUCACGUUACCACUCUGGGUUUCUGUUUCUUCAGUCAUGAAAUAGAACUGAGGGACCUGCUGGCCCUUGAGCAGGGGUGUUGGAAGUAGGCGUCCGGCAUUGCCCACAGUUAAUGGUGCCUUUUUUGGGGUGAACAGCCAGCUGACCCCCGGUGGUACCCGUGUCCCUGUGACAGACUGUCAAGGCUCAGGCCACCUGGACCAACUUCAUCUCAUGGAGCCUCAGGGUGAGAAGCCAGGAGAGGCUGAAGGGGUGCGCAUCACGCCCCAGCUGCUCAAGUCGCGCUCAGGCGAGUUUGCCCUGGAGUCCAUCCUGCUGCUGAAGCUGCGAGGCUUGGGGCUGGUGGACCUGGGCUGCCUGGGGGAGUGCCUGGGUCUCGAGUGGCUGGACCUGUCGGGCAACGCGCUCACCCAGCUGGGCCCCCUUGCUUCCUUGCGCCAGUUGGCUGUCCUCAAUGUCUCCAAUAAUCGGCUGACGGGGCUGGAGCCACUGGCCGCCUGUGAGAACCUACAGAGUCUCAAUGCUGCGGGCAACCUGCUGGCCACCCCUAGCCAGCUGCAGAGCCUGGCUGGCCUGCGGGGCCUGGAGUACCUGCGGCUCCGGGACCCUUUGGCCCGGCUCAGCAACCCACUCUGUGCCAGCCCCUCCUACAGGGCCGUGGUCCGAGAGCUGCUGCCAGGCCUGAAGGUCAUUGAUGGUGAGCGAGUGACUGGGCGUGGCAGUGAAUUCUACCAGCUGUGCCGGGACCUGGACUGCUCCUUGCGGCCUAGCUCCAGCCCAGGGCCUGGCACCACUGAGGCCCAGCCCUGGGUGGAGCCAGGGUACUGGGAGUCCUGGCUGACCCGGAGCAGCUCCAUCCUGGAGGAGGCCUGCCGGCAGUUCGAGGAUACACUGCAGGAGUGCCGCGACCUGGACCGCCAGGCCAGCGACAGCCUGGCUCAGGCUGAGCAGGUGCUCAGCCCUGCAGGGACUGCCUCGUCCUUUGUCUUCUAAAUGUGGCACGUGGCCGUGGGAUGGGCACAGUAUGGUCUGCUGCCCACAUCUCCCCUCUGCCUCUGCACUCGUCUUCACGGUUUCAUCACGCUGGGCUAUUUGUUUAUCCCUGUUCCUAAGAGCAGAGCCCUCCCUCUCACUCCUACCUCAAGAAAAUUCCACUCUGCGCUCUUCAGGGAAGCACCUCCCCAGCUCCUCGAGCAGGUGUGAGGGCCCGCAUUAGCAGCUGGCACCGAGGCCGCGCUGUGCCUACACUGCACGCCUGCGGGGGAAGCCACGCCUGGCUGUGCAGGCCUGAGACUUAGUGGAAGAAACUGCUUCUCCCUAAGGUUUCAGGCGGCACGGGGGUGGAGGGCCUCCCAUGCAGUGGCCCUGGAAGUGGACAUGGGCAGAGCACGGAACGUGGCAGCUGGUGUUGACCCCCUUCCAGACCCGCCUGCCCCCAGUCCUGUGUCUCUCCAGAGCCUUCACUGCUGUUCUGAUCCCUAUUAAAUAUUUUGUUUUAAUUUGCA